CGACAAGGCGUGCUCUCGCGUUCAUUAGACCUGAUUAAAGUCACCUGCAGGUGCGCGCCGCCGUUUGAGCGCACGUCACCGAGGUUAGCAACUGUUUCUUUCACGUGGAGCUCGGUUCGGUUGUGUUCGGCAGGAUGCAGAAAGGCCUGAAGAAGUACUUCGUCAACAUGGACGAGUACCUGUCCAGUCUGGGUCUGUACCGGAAGAUGGUUGCGCGGGACGCGUCCAGUCUGUUCCGGGCUGUGUCCGAGCAGCUGUAUUAUUCUCAAAACUACCAUCAGAGGAUCCGUCAGGAUUGCGCCAACUUCAUGAGGGCCAACAGAUGUAACUUUGAGCCGUUUGUGGAAGGAUCCUUUGAGAAAUACUUGGAACGUCUGGAGGAUCCAAAGGAGACAGUGGGUCAGGUGGAGAUCAAGGCUCUGUCUCAGCUCUACAGGCGGUGCUUCCUGAUCUACCGUUACCCUGGGAAACCAGCCACUGUCAUCUCAGAGUAUGACUUUGUUGAUAAGGUAACCCUGUGCUGCUCAAUCAACGGUCACUAUGACAUCAUCUAUGGGAGGAGUUACCCUGCCUCAGCAGCGCUCUGCCAGUCUCUGCUAUACGAGCUGCUCUACACUCAGGUGUUCGGCGUGGAGGGGGCAGAGCUCGGUCAGGCCAUGGAGGCCUUUAGAGCGGGAGGUCGUCGCUAUAGAAACAGUCCGUCGGUGUGCAGCGACAUCGAUGUGGGCUAUGACACACCUGAGGACCGAGCACACAGGGAGGAGGAGGUGGGGGGAGCAGCAGAAGAGGUCAAGUCACCUGCUGAGGCUCCUCCCAUGUGCAGACUGUCUUUGCCCUACAAGGUUCUGAAGUCCCUGGAUGGCGACGUUUACAGGAACCUGGAGUUUGAUGUGUGGCAGGAUACCUGUAAAGAAAUGCAGAAGACGGACUACAUGGUGUUUGCAGGUCGGCAGUACUUCCUAGGGGACAAGUGCCAGGUCCGUUUGGAGCCAAAGGGGAAGUACUACAACGCCUUCAUCCAGGAAGUGGGAACGCACUCGACAGCCGUCACAGUGUUCAUCGAGGAGCUAGGAGAAAAGCACCUAGUCCCACUGACGGAUUUGAAACCAGUAAACCCAGUCCCUGCUUGGAACGUGGCAGUUCCUGCCAGGAAAGGAGAUCUGGAUCCAGAGUCUCGGGGUCAGCGCCAUCACCGCCAUCGGUACUUCAGAAAGUCUCGAGGCAGCAGUGGGGUGAAGGGAGCGGAGUUACUGAUGCCACCACCUGUCUCUUAUGGAGGCCCAGCCCCCUCUUCUCUGCCUCCCCGCUUCCAGCCUGCAGGUCACCCUCGCCCACCACUUCCUCCCUCACCAGGGGCCAUAGCAUAUGACCCGUAUGCCCCCCCACACCACCAUCCUCCUGCAGCAAGAGCCCCACGCUACGGAGUCUCAAGAACCGAAUGCACACUGGUCCAUCCUGACUCUGGGUUAGGGUUGGACUGGGCCCCCCCUUGUCUGACAACUUUUUCUGCACGUUUCCUGAACCGUCAACUGAUUGGUCCACAGCUGACAUAUUACCACCCAAGCAGAAGAUAUUACCAUGACUACGAGAACUACGCCUUCAAGUCCCGUCGCAGUCGGCGCCACCUGGUGGCUGUCAAUAAGGACUGUCAGUUCGGGUUUCCUGCAGAGACGGUGGAGGAACCGGCUGACCUGGACCCACCUAUUGCUUACUACCAGCUGGACGAUGCCAGUGAAGUAGUCUUCCCUGCCAUGCCGGGCACUGCUGUGGCUCCUCCCAAUGCCAUUGGAGACCCACCCCCUCCACUAGGCUCUACCUACAGAGUUCAGAGGGCCACAGGGGCCCUCCACCCAGCAUCUCCCCCUGGAAACACACCGGUCUGCUCCUCUGAGGAGGACCAGGAGGAUGCAAGCACCGUGGAAGACCACACUGAAUACACAGAGGAGUAUGUUUACAGCCCUCAGGAUCAGCGCUACCAGACAUCAGCUGUUUACACAGUCACUGAGGGCACGUCCACUCAGGAUGAACAGGAAAGAGGCGCCACAGACUCUUCCAGCAGAUCAGAUAUGUCCUACAGCUACAAACCACAGGUUGUGAAGCCGCUGCCGGUCAUCUGCUCCUCCCCCUCCUCUUCUUCCUCCUCACCACCCUCACCAUCUAGAGUCCCUGCAACUCCUCACCUGCCACCAGCUGCACAUGCUCAGACACGUCCAGUUGCCAUGACAAUCUCUGCUGCUGCUCCCUGGUUGGUUAACGAGUUGGGUGAGCCUCUCUGCACUGUGGUGACUCCGCCCCCUUACUCCUAUGACCCCAAUGGCAGUGAUUUACCUCGAGACUGCAGGGUCCUCCAGUACUACUACAACCUGGGAGUUCAGUGGUACCAUCAGAGCUGUUGGCAACAGCAGCAGGUGUAUGCCCCCACCUCGCCUGACCCGGCUUAUCCCUACCAACACUACCCCUCCUACUUGAGCCAGGAGCCCCCUCCCCACGCCACCCCCGUGUCUUUCCCUGAGACCGGCCGGGGAGCCCACCAGCCCCCUUCCUCUUACCCAGACUCCUCCAGAGUAGCUGACGGACAGCCGGAGGGACACGGCAGCGGACCCGCCCCCUCAGUGGAAGGACCCUCCUCCAUCAUCAACUCAGCUUCUCCAGGCUCGGCCCCCUCUGGACUCCUCUACCCAGAUCAAACAGCCCUCCCUCCCCCCACACUACUACACCUGCCUUUUGAAGCUCCACCCACCGCUGGUUACCUGCCUGCAGGUCCUCACCCACCUUUCCCCCACCUGCCCCAUCAUCCCUCCUACCAUACUUGUCUGCCCAGUUCUGCUCACUGGGGGCCACUCUCAACGUCAGGCCAUGCCCAACGAGUCUACUGCCCAGCCCCCAAUCCUGCUCAUGUGGUUGGUUACAUCACUGCCCCACACCCUCACCACACACCCACACACUACAUCCCCCCCUCUAUGUAAGUGAUAGCAUCUUGCUAACGGCACCCUUCCAACCUGUUGAAUUUCCUGCUCAUGAGACCGUUUCCACAUAAUGAAGCAGAAAUAACAUUUUAAAAGUUAAUAAAACGUUAAUUUAGAAGAAUGUAUUCAGUGCUAACAUGUUAGCUUCAGCUAACUUUUAGCAUGUAUCCUGUUUGCAGCACUGGUUUACCUCUCAGACAUGUCCGCCUCAGUUACUUCCUGUUCAGAAUAGUCACAUUUAGAAAAUGGAGGAAAGGUUAAGUUUUGUUUUGAGGGUGAUGUGGAUCAGGCUUUGUUCUGAACACCAGCAAAUCCGUUUGGGAGGCGGGGCUUAUGUAGGGUGCGGCUAGUCCCUUUAACAUUUUGAAGGGAUCUCUUUGUGUUUUGUUCAAACUGGGCUUUGUGUUUUGGGGUGAAUAAAAUUUGUUUCACCAGCA